AUGUCGGGUUGGAGUAAUUUCGAUGGUAAAUAUAUUGGAAAUUUCCAACAAUACCAACAGUUUGAUAGUCAAAGAGCAUCGUCGACUACUUCUGAUACACCCACAACAUUGGGUGAGAUAAAAAAUGAAAAAUUACAAAAAUGUCUUUCCCGUUGCGAAAAUAUGGUAUUAACAAAAGAGGAUGUUGAUGUAACCCAUGGCUUGUGGAGUCAAAUAUUACCGUUGCUGGGUACUCCACCAACAGCAGCAGCUGAUCCUGUCGAACUCGAUGCAUAUCUCAGCAUGUUUCUAACUGGUGAAGGUCAUAUCAUUAAAAAUAAAUUAAAUCUACGUUUUGAAAGAACCAAUAGCUUUGAAAUCAACUUUGGUCCAAUAAUACAAAAAAUAGGACUGCUAUGGUGCAUAUCUAAUGUAAAUACUGCACUAGUCCCGACCUUUUUUUGCAUCGCGAUAUCGUCUCAGUAUAUUUUAAAUUGCGCCGCAAAAUGUUCAACCCAAACCCGACCCGAGCCGACAACAUCUUAA